AUGCCGUGGUCGCCGUCGGUAGUACCCGGCACCAGCGAUGAGUUUGUGGUCGAGCACCUGAACGUCGGCAACAUUGGCCUGUUCAACAGCGUCAACGCCAGCCUGGACCAGUUUGCCGAGCGCAUCUGGAUUGGCGAGAUUGGGGUCAGCACCGACAGCUGGUCCGAGGAGCGCAAGGCCGCCGUGUCGAGCCGCCUGCUGGAUGAGUUCGAGACCGUGCCGGUGUUUGUCAGCGACAAGGAGUUCGAGGGCCACUACAGCCGCUUCUGCAAGCAGCUUCUGUGGCCAGCCUUCCACUACAUCAUGCCCGAGAUGCCGCACUGGCACGGCUGGGAGAAAUCGGCGUAUGAGGCAGCACUGUCCACCUGCCAGAAGUUUGCCAACCGCAUUGUCGAGAUAUACCGCGAAGGAGACGUCAUCUGGGUCAACGACUAUCAUUUAAUGCUGCUGCCCAAGCUGAUUCGCGAGCGCCUGCCGCACGCCAAGGUCGGCUUCUUCUUGCACAUCCCCUUCCCCAGCUCUGAGAUCUUCCGCUGCCUCCAUGUCCGCAAGGAGCUGCUUGAGGGGAUGCUGGGGGCUGAUGUCGUCGGCUUGCAGACCUUUUCAUAUAAGCGGCACUUUAUUCAGACUGCAAAGCGCGUUCUUGGUGUCGAGGGGUCGCCGAGCGGCCUGUUUCUGGACAAGGGGCCAGUGGUCGUUGGCCAAUAUGCCAUGGGUCUUGACCCAGCCAGCGUUGAGGAGAAAUGGAGCAAUGUUGCCGUGGGCGAUCUUAUCCAGUUCCUGAAGGAAAAGUACGCGGGCAAGUACCUGAUAGUCGGACGCGACAAGCUCGACUACGUCAAGGGCGUGCGCCAAAAGCUGCUUGGCUAUGAGAUGUUCCUGAACGACCAUCCAGAGUAUGCCUCCAAGACCGUGUUCAUCCAGAUUGCCCUGACCACAGCUGAGCACAACGAGCUGCAUGUGCAAGUCAUGGAUGUCGUCAACCGGAUCAACUCCAAGUUUGGCAACAUCGAGCACCAGCCGGUCGUCUUCUUCCACAAAGACAUCCCGUACACCCACUACCUGGCGCUGCUGUCUACUGCUGACGCAAUGAUGGUCAUGUCGCUGCGCGACGGUAUGAAUCUGACAUCGCACGAAUUUGUGCUGUGCCAGCGCGAGAAGCACUCGCCGCUGAUUCUGAGCGAGUUUGUCGGCACGUACGGCGCAUUCAGCGGCGGUGCAUUGGGUGUCAACCCAAUGGAUACGCGGGCGAUUUCCAACGCAAUCAACGAUGCGCUGGUGAUGAGCGAGGAGGAGAAGCUCGAUCGGUGGGAGAUUUUGUACCGGCAGGUGUACAACAACAGCGCCCGGAGCUUUGUGUCGUCAUUUGUCUCGGACCUUGCAAGCACGCGCAGGGAGCCGCUGGAUGAGGCAGACGAGUGA